AUGACUGAAUUUGUGGGCUCUUUGCCGCGGCAACGAACUGAUCCCGAAGAUAUGAAUGGCCUCAGUAGCGAACAUGACCCUUUCUCCCUCGAAACUCCACCGCAGCAAACAGGCCAGCAUCGCUUCUCCGCAUUCGAUACACAGCUCUUCGCUUUGAACCAUCCUGAUUCUUCUCCAGCACAAGCCAAGAAAGCACUUGAAGCUCAUUUGGCUGAGACUGACCGAAGGAUUCAAGAAACGUCGAAGCUUGGAUCGACUUUGGUUCAACAGAGGGUCAAUUUGUCAAAUAGGUUGCGGGAAGUAGGAUCUCGGGAGGACGACAGGAAGAUAAGUCCUGAAUUGCGACAAAAACUCAUCGAGAUUGAGCGAGACUACAACGAUGUGGGAAGGCAGAGCGCAAAAGCCUUCCUUGGUCCAAAAGCAGACGGGCAAGGUGCGGAGGGUGCUGCUACUCCCUUCGCACGGGAUGGGAAGCGCCCACCAAGUCCUGCUAAAUUUUCUAACCAAGCUGUGGAAUCGCCGUCCAAGAUGAAUGUGCCACGGAAACAGCGUAACCAAGCGUCGAAUGCCGAUAAUCUUGAAUUUGCGGCGGAAAUCACAACUUCUCUGCUGGGUCAGGUAAGACACUUACAAGCUGUGCUUGCUGAACGCGACGAGAAUUUGAAGAAUGUCAAUGUGGAAAAUGCACGCCUAGGAACCGAGGCUGAAGGCUUUAUCCAGCGCUUAAAGCAUUUGGAUGAUGGGGAGCAGCGUUACAAAGAUGAGAAUUGGAAUCUUGAAACCCAAUUACAAGAGUUGCAAGCGCAGCAGAAGGACGCCGCAAACAGAGAACAGAAGUUGCAACAAAUUUUGACAUCUAUGACAUCUGAAAGGACUGCAUAUGAGAAAGAACUAGAAGACUUAAGGCAAAGCCAUGGUAAAGCUUUUGACGACCACACUGCUCUUCGUAGACGACAUGAGUCAGAACUUGCGACUCUACGUAAAGAUGUCAAGCUCGGGGAAAGCGAGAAAAACACAAUGCAACGGCGUGUUGAUGAGCUGACUUCACAGAACGAACAACUUGCCAAAGGAAUUGCUAGUCACUUCAAAGACGAGGACUCAGAGCCAGAAACAGAUGCGGGGAGCCAAAUUCCUGACUAUAGCCUUGACUUAUCUGAACGGGAGCAUUCUCCGCCGCCAUCGCCCAGUAAAGGCCAACGUCAUUCUAUGCUAGAAUCCGAAACUUUGAAGAGCUCUCUGCAUCAUGCUCAUCGAAUGAUUCAAAAUUUGAAGAACAACGUCCAUCGCGAGAAGUCAGAGAAACAGGAUCUGAAGCGCAUGCUACAAGAGGCAAGGGAUGAGUUAGAGAUCAAACGUAAAGACCAUCCUGAGAAAAGGCUCAAAACCAAGUCUCAAACGGAUUUGAGGAAGGCUGGUAGGCCGGGGCUUGGCGCACCACGAAGUAGCACAAUGGAUAUCAUGACAGACGAGCCUCAGGAUCCGGAAUGGGAAGAUCAUGAUGGCUUAACUCCACAAAAAAUAACUGUGAACAGGACCGAGCCAAGUGAUGCAUAUCAGACUGCGAAUGAGACGGAAGACGCGUUUGAGACUGCGAACGAACGGGAUAGUACGGAUAAUGAUGCUUUCCAAACCGGGGCUGAGUCAAAUGCUCGCGAUAGUAGCGAGACCGAGACCGAGACUGAAGCAGCUACCAUGCGAUCAUCAACCCGACGGGGCAUAGAAGCUACGAGAUCUCUAUCUAACAAGCCUGGUGAUCGGAGAUCGAUUCAAAGUACGGCUUCAACUUCGGAAGAGGAAGAGCAUGGCAUGCAUACACCAAUUCAAGGACAGCCGCAACGCUUCCGUCUGAAAAUGAAUCGUCGUUCACACGUUGUGAGUGGUGGCUCAGGCAGUAGUGCUCCAUCAUCAACCAAAAAUUCUCCAGCAAACUUUGUCAGUGCUGGCGAUGAAGGAGGUCAAAGCUUAUUUGCUGAGCUAGAGAAUAUUAGCGGAGACGAAGCUGAGGCCACCCCAAGCAAAGAUGGUACGCGAACUCCAAGAUCCGUUCGUUCUACACGGUCUGUAAGUAGAGAGAUUGGCGGGAAACGCUCAUCCGGAAGUCUAAGAAGAGCCAACGGUUCACGUUCUUCGACUCCGGGUCUAAGGCCAAGCACAGUCAUAUACAGCGGCGGAACACCACCAAUACCAAAGAUACCAACCGUAGAUUCUAGCACAAUGACUGAACCCAUCGACGAGCCACAAGAAAGCACCCUUCUUGGCGCACUUUCCGGCGCCAACAGCGAGAGGAAAGGCCCAGAUUCUCGAGCAAGUGACGCUGUAAAAAGCCAACCUGGAUCUCGCGUUGUGUCAGAUUCGACUACUGCCUCGACUCCUCAACGUCCUGUUUGGGAUCACCCACUAACCGCACUUUCCGGGAUAUUCCCAGGUUUCAAGGACAGUGCCAACACCACUCCUAUGUCGACCAAGUCGGACACAUCCCAAAUUCAUCAAGAGCCAGAGAAAGCCUCAGCAGGUCUGCAAUCACGACGAGAGUCUCAAAGCUAUCCAGCACCUUCCUUAGCUUCGCUCACUCAGAGUGAGCAACAUCCUCCUACAUCUCCUUCGAUGGCUUUAUCCUCUAUCCAAACAUUAGAGACUGCUCCAAUCCAACCAAGGCAGAAGUCGAUUGGGGUUGAACCUGUUGAAGCUGUCCAACCAUCUGAUACUCCCACCAGAAGAGCUGCUGAGUCCGCCACGGGAGGCAUCUUUGGCUCUGUCUUUGGUUGGAACAGAAGGUCACGUGCUGCAUCAAUAUCCAAGAUUGUGGAUGACGACACAAGUCAACAUCCAAGGGAAGCUAUUGAGCCUAGCACUCCCGACCACAAGGCCCCGCUACAAGAGGUCUCAGCAAAUGCAGUCUCUCGUCGAGCCUCUGGACAGUACGCUGGAUCGAAGGAGCCCGUUCAGACGAACAGGUCGAUCUACGAUCAAGGCUCGCAGACUGUCCUGUCCUCUGAACAGAUUGACAAGCUUUUCGAGAAGCAAAAUACUCUAGUCGACGCUCCAGCGCCCCCAACCCCAGCAGCCAUGAAACCACUUUCUGAGAUAGGCGCUACUCCACCUGCCAAUCGUGGAUAUCAGGACGACACCACUCCCAAAGCGAAAGCCCCUGAGGUCAAAGUCCCAGACGGUGCUUCCUUCAGAGACGCAGUCGGCAGAACAGUUCGUCGGCCCACAAGCGCCACGAGUUCACGCUCUCGAAUUACGCAGUACCCACCGUUACCUAGUGACCAUCAAGAAGCUAUUGCUGCAGCUGCGCAGAAGGCCCCAGAAUCGAUGGGCCCACCGAUAGCUCCAGCGUCCGCUUACGCUCGCUCUUUGCGCUCCAGAGCGAGCAGCCGCCCCCAAACACCGUCGUUGCAAGGGCUACCCAGUCCGUCAUCCAAAGGAGGCACCACGCCUCGGGCACCGCGUUAUUCAUCGACCAGAUCUCAAGUUUCUCGUCGCACAUCGGUCUCUUCUUUUGCUUCGGAGCUUGACGAGAGGUUUAACAUCCGUGUUGGUGAUAUGAAUAUGCCACAGGGCAUGUCGCCAAACACAGACCCACGGAUGAUCCAAGCCAUCACCCAGACUAUGAUCGGCGAAAUGAUGUGGAAGUAUACCAGAAAGGCAGGCCGUGGCGAAAUGUCAAAUACCCGCCAUCGCCGCUUCUUUUGGGUUCAUCCGUACACACGAACUCUUUAUUGGUCUGACCGUGACCCUGCCAGCGCGAAUCGUGCCGAGCUGAAGAGUAAAAGUGUAGCCAUCGAGGCUGUACGCGUAGUCACCGACAACAACCCAUCGCCACCUGGCUUGCACCGUAAAUCACUGAUUGUAGUGACCCCCGGUCGUUCCGUCCAGUUCACAGCGCAAACUGGCAACCGCCACGAGACCUGGUUUAACGCACUUUCCUACCUUUUACUCCGCACUGGGGCGGACGGCAAUGUUGGUAAUGCCUAUGGCGACUUCAGUGAAGCAGAGGCGGAGGAGUUCAAUCCACCAUACAACCGCAAUCGUUCCCGCGUGUCCCUCGCAAGCUUCAGAAGUCACCGAACAGCGGAUAGGAACGCACGGCACUCCCUCGCUACUCGUCCAGGUUCUUCAUACCCUUCGCAAAAUCAGCGCGAAUCACGGCAGCUCGAGCAGCCUUUAGACCCAGUCGAAGACAGGCUACAAAUGAGCUCCCAAUCAAUCCGGCAGCGCAUCUCCCGCUCCCUCUCUCGCUCACGGGGUUCGAAGGUUGCGGAAGCUACGAACACGGACCCUCCUAAAUUAGCCGAGUCCACGAACGCAACCCCCCAUGCAAGUAUUUCUAGUCGACUUUCAGGAUACUGGCGGCAGCCGCCUUCGAUCAGGAAUAGCAUGCGUAGCCGCUCGAGUAUGCGUGCUGAAGACGCAAACAAUGGCGCUGAAGCAGGUAUUCUAGAGGGUGGCAGGAGCGUGGUAGCGCCGAACGGUGUGGCAAGGGAUAGUGCUGAGGAUGUGCGGAUGGUGAUUGAGGAGCGCGAACGGGACGGAGCCUUAGAGAACGUUAGGGCUUGUUGUGAUGAACCCAAGGAACAACUCGGCUACUAA